AUGCUGGGAGGGAAGAUGAAGGGGGAUGCGAGCAGCAUUAGCCCGCUGGUGUCCUUCGCGCUCGGCGCCGCCAUGGCCACCGUCUGCGUGCUCUUCUUCUUCUUCAUGUCCGCCAGCCCCGGCAACCGCCUCGUCGACAUCGCUGCAUGGAGCCGCAACAACGGCACCGCCGCCGCACAGCUCGAGCACCUGCGCUCCGUCGCAGACGCCGCCCGCAACGUCACCGCCGUGGCCGCCCCGGCCCCAUCCCCCGCCAAGCUGCAGGCGGCGUCGGAGUACGGCGACCUGGAGGAGGUGCUGGCGCGGGCGGCGAUGGCGGACCGGACGGUGAUCAUGACGCAGAUAAACGCGGCGUGGACGAAGCCGGGCUCGCUGCUGGACCUCUUCUUCGAGAGCUUCCGCACUGGCGAGGGCGGCGUGGCGCGGCUGCUGGGCCACCUCGUCAUCGUCACCAUGGACCCGGCGGCGUACGCGCAGUGCCAGCGCGUGCACCCGCACUGCUACUUUUUGAGGACGACCGGGGUCGACUACCGGUCCGAGAAGUUCUUCAUGAGCAAGGACUACCUGGAGAUGAUGUGGGCAAGGAACAAGUUCCAGCAGACCAUCGUCGAGCUCGGCUACAACUUCAUCUUCACGGACGUGGACGUGAUGUGGUUCCGCGACCCGUUCAAGCACAUCUCCAUGGGGGCGGACAUCGCCAUCUCCAGCGACUUCUUCAUCGGCGACCCCUACAGCCUCGGCAACUUCCCCAACGGCGGCUUCCUCUACGUGCGCUCCUGCCCCAACACCAUCCAGUUCUACCGCCACUGGCAGGCCGGGCGGUACCGCUUCUUCGGGAAGAACGAGCAGGACGUGUUCAACCUCAUCAAGCACGACAUGGUCGACAGGCUCGGCAUCGCCAUCCAGUUCCUCGACACCAAGUACAUCUCGGGCUUCUGUCAGCUCAGCAAGGACCUCAACAAGAUGUGCACGCUGCACGCCAACUGCUGCGUGGGGCUGGGCGCCAAGCUGCAUGAUCUGAGGAACGUGCUGGAUGUGUGGCGGAACUACACCGCCGCGCCGGUCGCGGAGAAGAGGGCCGGCAAGUUCCAGUGGAAGGUCCCCGGCAUAUGCAUCCAUUGA